AUGACCACACAAAUCAAGAAUGUCAUGAUCCUUGGAGGUCGAGGAAACCUCGGACCAUACCUCAUUAAAGCCCUCAUUAAAGCCGGGUUCAAUGUUUCCGUCCUCAGUCGUGCAUCUUCAACUGCCGCAGACGAGACAUUCCAUGGCGCCAAAAUUGUCAAAUCCGAUUAUACCCCGGAAUCUCUCGUCCAAGUCUUGACCGGCCAAGAUGCUGUCAUCUCCACUCUCUCGACAGCCAACAUCGCCGAACAAAAGACUGUUAUCGAUGCAGUUGCAGCUGCAAAGGUCAAGCGCUUCAUGCCGAGUGAAUUCGGAAGUGACACUUCCGUCGACGGACUUGAGAAGAUGGCGCCCUUUUUGAAGGGAAAGCAGGACGUUAUGGACUAUGUCAAGUCGAAGGAAACCGAAGGAUUGACCUGGACAGCGCUUUUCACCGGACCUUGGAUCGACUGGAUGCUGAUCGAGGGCAAAGGACUCCUUUGCUUGGAUAUCAAGUCCAAGACGGGCGAGCUCGUUGACGGAGGAAAGCCAAAGUUUACCACGACCACCGUAUCUCAAGUCGGCGAAGCCACCGCAGCAGCACUGGUACACUCCGACAAGACCAAGAACCAGUACGUACAUGUGUCAUCGUACAAUAUUUGCCAGGAACAAGUCAUCGAGGCCCUUGAAAGGAUCUCCGGCACCAAGUUUGCACUUCAAGCAUUGAGCAAUGUGGACUUGUAUGCGCGAGGGACGAAAAAUGUGGAAGAAGGUAACUGGAGCACUGGAUACUACGAGUUGGCCACUUCGACUGUUUAUAGCGACGCUGAAGUCACUUACUUCCCUGAUAAGGCGGAAUACUGGAAGAAGGUUCUUGGACUUGACGAUGGAGAGAGCUUGGACACGAUGAUCACUCGUACACUGAAUUCGGCACAGUAA